AUGGAAGAAUCUGACUCUGAGAAAAAGAUGGAGAAAGAAAAUCUGGGGCCGAGAAUGGAUCCUCCACUAGGGGAACCGGAAGGAUCGCUUGGGUGGGUGCUACCAAAUACAGCCAUGAAGAAAAAGGUGCUGUUGAUGGGUAAAAGUGGGUCUGGUAAGACCAGCAUGAGGUCUAUUAUCUUUGCAAAUUAUAUUGCCAGAGACACACGUCGCCUUGGUGCAACAAUACUAGACCGUAUACAUAGUCUUCAAAUUAAUAGCAGUUUGAGCACCUACUCUCUCGUAGACUCUGUUGGAAAUACAAAGACAUUUGAUGUAGAACAUUCUCAUGUUCGAUUUCUGGGAAACCUGGUAUUGAAUCUGUGGGAUUGUGGUGGACAAGACACCUUUAUGGAAAAUUAUUUCACUAGCCAAAGGGACAACAUUUUCCGUAACGUGGAGGUUCUGAUUUAUGUCUUUGAUGUGGAGAGUCGUGAACUGGAAAAGGACAUGCACUAUUAUCAAUCAUGCCUGGAGGCCAUUCUGCAGAACUCUCCAGAUGCCAAAAUCUUUUGCUUGGUACACAAAAUGGAUCUGGUACAGGAGGAUCAACGGGACCUGAUUUUUAAAGAACGAGAAGAAGAUUUGAGGCGUUUGUCUCGUCCAUUGGAAUGUUCUUGUUUCCGAACAUCUAUCUGGGAUGAAACUCUAUAUAAGGCUUGGUCCAGCAUUGUUUAUCAGCUGAUUCCCAAUGUUCAGCAGCUGGAAAUGAACCUAAGGAAUUUUGCUGAAAUUAUCGAAGCUGAUGAAGUACUUUUGUUUGAGAGAGCUACUUUUUUGGUGAUUUCUCACUAUCAGUGUAAAGAGCAGCGUGAUGCUCAUAGAUUUGAGAAAAUCAGCAACAUUAUUAAGCAGUUCAAGCUGAGCUGCAGUAAGUUGGCUGCUUCCUUCCAGAGUAUGGAAGUCAGGAACUCUAACUUCGCCGCUUUCAUUGACAUCUUUACAUCCAACACUUAUGUGAUGGUCGUGAUGUCUGAUCCAUCCAUUCCUUCUGCAGCUACUCUGAUCAACAUCCGCAAUGCCAGGAAACACUUUGAAAAGCUGGAAAGAGUGGAUGGACCAAAGCAAUGUCUUCUCAUGCGCUAAACAUUGAUGGAUAUUGUUUCACACAAAAAGUUGAAUCAGCUUCUUAACUAAUCUUAAUGUAUUCAUAUACUUAGAUCCUGAAAUGUGAUGCUUAUCGCAUCUGUAUAUCUUCUCUACUCCCUAGACUUAACGUUUAACCUUGGAUGCUAUUUAAUUAAAUAGCCAUUGAGGAGUUCAAAGAUGAAUUGUUCAUGAAGCUGGUGUAACAUAAAAGUAGGUGAUAUUUGUAAAGUGUUCUGAUGAAAAGGCUCUAAUCAUGUUUAAAUGUUCUGAUAACCUGGUUCCAGUAGUUGUGUAUGCCAAAGCAUUUCCCAGCAUUGCCUUGUAUUCCUUAUUACAUAGUAAGUAAACUGUAUGUUUGAAGUAUUACUGUUUUCUCAGUAUGCAAUAAAAAUAUCCCUUGACUUCA